CUCACAAUUUUCUCUCUUCAACUCUUCUUUCUCUGCAAGAAACCCUAACCCUAAUCAACACGAACACAAAAAUAUGUCAGGUGGGGUUGGUCCAACCUGCAGUGACAUUAGCCUCCCUAAAGAACAAGAACAUGAAUUCAAGGAACACAACGACCAAACCUCCUCAAAACUCACCUCCCAUCAGAAGUUCCCAACUUUACACUCCAGCGCCACCGCCUCUCCGCGGAAAGCCGGUGGCGGUAUGUUCUCCUUCCGGCAGCUCAACGCCCUCGCCGUCGUCGUCGUCUUCUCCGCCAGCGGCAUGGUAAGUCCCCAAGACUUUGCCUUCGUUGUCUUCUCCAUGAUCUACAUGAACUUCAUCUCCAAAGUUGCAUUCCCCGCCCUCAGUUCCUCUAAAGACCCCACAGUUUUCAACCCCAAAAACAAAAUCCUCCGCCUCUACGUCCUAACGGGCGCCAUCAUCGGCCUUCUGCUCCCCAUUGCCUACAUUUUCGAGGGCAUUUUCGAAGGCGAUAAAGAAGGCAUCAGCGCCGCUUCUCCGCACGUUUUUCUCCUCGCAAGUCAGGUGUUCAUGGAAGGAAUGGCUUUCGGCGACCGGUUCUCAACGCCCAUACGUGUUUUCGUGCCGGUUUUCUAUAAUUCCAGGAGGAUAUUCACCAUUGUUGAGUGGCUGAAGAGUGAGUUUUCCAAAGAGUAUGAGGAGUACGGUGGAUCUGCAAGAAGAUUGUACGUUGGGAGAGGACUUGCUAUUGCUAAUAUGGGGUUUUGGUGCUUCAAUUUAUUUGGGUUCUUGUUGCCUUUCUAUCUUCCUAGGGCUUUCAAGAAGUAUUACUCUGCCCAUAAACUGAAAGAUUACUGAUCUUCAACGUACUUAUUUCUUUUUCUUUUUUUUUUUCGUUUUCGUUUAUUAAUGUUAAAGAAAAAUAACUGAAUAAAAGAUCUUCAUAGAAUGUGAAUUUUAUGAAUACUACUUGUGAAUGAAUUGAAAUUGAAAAAGGCAUUGGUGACGAGUAAAU